GUUGUUUAAUUUAACCCCAGUAACCACACUAAAAGGACGUAAGGUACACGUAUAUGUAGCUAUGCUUUUAUAAUCAUAGUUGAUUCUGUGUGUUUAAUAGGCUACCGAUUACAAAUUUGCCGUGAUAAAUAUAAGCAUUCUUUUCAGUCUCAGGACCAAAUCACCCUACUUAGAAAAGAGCAGUGUUUACUAGAGAGAAAGCCCCAACAGGGCAGCCUGGACACACAGCUACACAGUUGUAAGCCAUUUGAUAGCUUCGACCAAAUACCAUGUUCACUGGAUUUCAAACGAAGAGGAGUCGCUAAAUCUGCGUGGGACGAUGCGGCUCAGAGUAAAUGCGGAGAAAUAGUUUUGACCGAACUUGGUGCUGAAAAUUCCAACGCAGCCUUUGACGAGGAUCUAACACCCUACACUGCCGAUUAGGGAUGCCUGCGAGAGGGAUCUGGAGUGUGGCCGGCAGUCUGGAGCUUUCCGGAACCGAGGGGAUGAAGAUGGCCUCCUAGCUACUGCGCCCAGAAUCCUCUGAAAAAAAAAACACACACACACUCGCUCAUCUGGGGAAGGGGAGGGGGAGGGGGGGAGGGGGGGGACACAUUAGCCUGUUCUUAAAAAAAAAAAGUCCCCUCUGCCUUCAGACCAAUGCUGCAUUAUUUAUAGCAUGGGAUGCAUCAAGUCCAAGCGCAGCAGGCGGGCCGAGGACACCAAGCCCACCGCGAAGGCCGACCGGCCGCCGAGCCAACAGGCGGGCGAGAAGGCAGCCCUGGUCGCCUCGGAGACGGGGCCGGGCCGGGACUCCCCCAAAAUCGACCCGGUGCUGCUGGACUACGCCCAGCGGCUGUCGGAGGAGAUCGUGGCGCGGGCGGUGCAGCAGUGGGCGGAGGUAGACAGUCGCUACGGCGACAUCCCCUACAUCGAGUGCGACCUGCCCUGAGGCCCACUCAGAAGGCAGACCGCCACGGCGGGGAGCCCCUCUCCUGCUCUUCCUCUUCCUCCUCCUACUCCUCGUUGUGCCGUGUCUGAGGUCCGUCCGCCAGGAGCAGGGCAGGGGGAGCGGUAAAUCUUUCACCCCCCCGUGAGUCGCCCCCCUUUGUCUGGGACAGUUGGGUGUGAAGAAUCUUCGUCAGACGCCACACCCCUUAAGUCUGCCCGGACGGAGGUGCGUGGCGUUAAAUGCAAGGAUCCCCCUUGAGCUGCGUUCAGUUACGCAGCUUGUGUUUAAUCAAACCGCUAAUAUGCUACUCUGCGUAUACGCACACGGUUUCACGAGCGCGGUCCGGUGACCUUGAGUAGCCGUGUCUGAUCACGUGACCCCCUUUCAGCUCAGCUUCACGCUCGCGCCUCUGGGGAUACAAGUUAUGACAUUAGCACAAAAAAAUUACACGCGGCAAAAAAAUCACAUAGUUUAAAUAAACAAAAGCGCACAGACAUGGACGGGCCCUCUCACAUUGCUUGAGGGCGACCGGUUGCCAGUUACUCUUCAGCCUGGCUUUCACACACGCCAAGGUCACAGAAGGGACACAGGCUGUACCCACAGGGAUUGAUGAUGACUAUGAUGUGGACGUCAUAUCGCAGUGAUGAAGCAGCAUAGCAUAUCAAUAAAUUUUCGCGGCAGGAAGUCGGGCUGGUGGGAGGGAGUGGACGGUACUGCAGUUAAAUGAAAAUCUGACAUCUGCUCAGCCGGCGUGCUGGUGUCGAAAUUCAGCCCCCGACGAUGGAGUUAUUAAUAGGCAUCUUGUGCCCCGCUAUCAACUUAUAGUGUAACAUACAGGACCACUGCAGUGCCCCUCAACCCCACCCACACCCCCACAGAAAACCUACUCAAAUAACAGCCUAAGAUACAUUGCAGAACCAAAGGAGCGAAUUUCAGCAGAGGAACAUGGGAUCUCCAGGAGGAAGGAGAGAGAACUGAAAUGACCGUUCAGCCUGAGGCCCGUUCAACGACCCUGCGAAUCACGAGAAGAUUAGCUCCGGUCGAGGAUGUUCAAGACCGGUCAUUUUGACCGUUACGAAGUCGGCUAAGUGCUACUGAAACGCAACGCCAAAACAUAUUAUCAUUUACUGCCAUCUGCCAAUUGUAUUAUGCAGCACAAUUCUCCGUGGCCUUGGCGUUCGCUAAUGUUAAUGUUGUUAUGAAAUAGCCCGAUGCUGUUUAAAAUCCAAAACAUGCACAACGGAAAAUGGAGAGGAACACAUCUCUCUCUGAAUGGAUAACGCAAGCACAGUAGCAUUUGUGUGUGAGAUGUUUUUAUACAAUAGCAGUGAAUUAUCCCUUUGUACAAUUUAUAAUAAAAUGGGUAAUGUUAAACAGCAAUUUAAGACACCCCUGUAUGCUUAGACAGUGCAGUGGUAACCCAGGUGACAGUCUAGGCCCAAGGACACAGAGACUGCCGGGGCCUUAGGACUGGAAUCCAGUUAAGCCAGAACUUCAGAGCUGCACAGUAUACAGCUGUGUCUGGAGUAACCAAUCAGAACAGGGAAAAAUGGCAACCAUACUUUUCUACAGAAAAGUGCAAGAUGAUGUCAGUUUUACUUCUGUGUUAUGUCUAGAUUUUGAACAGGGUAUAUUGUACAGUAUAUCACAAACAGGACAUAGCCAUCAUUUUUAAGCCUUACAAACAAAGGUUUAUAUAUUACAGUUUAGCAAUGCUCUAUGAGUUGUUAUUUUAAGAGGCCUUUAAACAAACUAUGUAGCUGUGUGUUGUUGACAGUGUUAUAUGGAUACUGUCCAACAAUGAAUCCAAUCCAGAAUAAAUUGACAAAAUAUAAUAAUUACAUUCCUUAAGUGAUUCAGGUUGAGAGAUUCAUCCAAUGGGCCACCAACAAAGGCAAAUUAUGCAAAUAACCGAUAAAGCUGCAUUAGCUUACAAACUGCAUUUCCAAACUAGAUUCCUACUUUUUUUUCAACAAAAUUAAUGGUUGGAGUCUAAAUAACUAAAUAACCACAGGAAGGAGAAACAUUAGGAAAAUUCAUAUUGCAGCAUUAAUUUAAUUGAUGGUGCCCUCUUAAUUAAUUUAUAAAGGCAGGGCUGUUCUGUGUAUCAUGGUUCAAAAGAAAAAUAGGCCGAAACCUGUAUUGUACCAGAAGCCUGCGAAGUAUAAAAAUUUGCUUUAUUAAAUAUUGGCCUUUCGAUUUUCGAUUACCACUUAGUACAGUCAUAAGUUCUUCCCAUACAUUCUUGCUAAGAUGCCGAUGCAUUUGCUGUUGGGAUACUAUGGACAGUAAGUUAACUUAAAAAGGAAAACAUCUUCUAAUCUUAUCCUACCACUAUCUUAAGAUCCGUUGCGAUUAAUCCCUGUGUGACAGAAGUAACAAGAUAGCAACUAUUUUUACAUUUCCAGACCAUGGAAGAUGAGAUAUAGCUCUGUAUAGGUAACACACCUUUUAAUUAAAUGAUUUUUGAUCUCUGUUGUAUUGUCUAGCCAUGUACUACUUGCCUUCAGUUCAGCUGCCACUGUACAGGCCAGUAAAUGAUGAUGUGCUGCCAAUUCAUGCAAAAUAAUAAAAAAUAAAAGCCCAUACCCCACUUUA